AUGACACCCCAGCACAUCAAGUCAGACUCUCACGGGAGUUCGGAUGCGAACUCUGCCCGGCCACGGAAUCCGCAGAGUCGCAGCAAGGCACUGCCAAAGAGCUCCUCCACAGGAAAAUGCGAGGCUUCCCCAAUUGAGAUUAGUGACAGCGAUGACGAGCCAUGUAUCUCGGUUUAUCCGCCUAGAACAUCAAUAAGAGAGCAGGUAGCGGCCCCUCGCCCUGACCUACGUCAUGCGAAAAGCAGCAGCGGCCUUGUAUCAACCUCAGUGACACCAGCAAAGAGGGAAAGACAGUCUACUACAAGUACUCCGAUUCACAAGCGUCAAAAGAUAUUUACUUCCGACAACGAGACCCCCUGCCCGUCGCCCCAUGGCAGUGGUCGGGUCCGUACUCAGAAUGGAUCUUAUUCCUCCCCAUACAAUUCCAUCUCCGUUCUCUCACCACAGCCAGAGAUCAAAUACAGCAAUGAUGACGAGAUACUACAUCUCAAGAAAUCGUUGUCCCAAGGUUUGCAACGGAAUGCAACCCUGAUAAGCGAACUUGCCGCUACAAAGAAAGCUCUUCAAGAGAAGAAUGACAAGUUGGCGGAUGCGGAUAGGUUGGUCAAGGAGCUUAAGCAGAACCUCGCGACUACAAAGGCUUUUCAUGACACGGAGCAAUCAAUGUUCCGAAAGACCAGAGAAGAGAACACCAAGUUCCAAGAGGAGCUCAAAGACAUGGUCUGCCAGCGCGAGAAAGCUCGCACGUUGAAGGCGGAUCUCGAAGAAGCAAAGGGACUAGUGAUUGCCAAAGAAAAACAGAUCGAGGAAUUUGAGACGGCACAGAGCGCAGAUCGCGUCAAGUUCGAUGAUCUGGGGAGAAAACUUCUCGAGAGCCUCGAUCUCGCGAAAAAGCAUGAAAACCACAACCGAGAGCUCGAAACGCAGCUGGAUCACGCGAAGGACGCCCGAGAAAGCCUGAGGGUGGAGAAAAGCGGCUUGCAACAGGAGGUCGAGCAGCUUAAAAGCCGAGUAUCCCAGCUGGAAGCCGACAACGCCGCCAUGAUGCCAGUUCCAGACGGGGGCAUUUUGGAGGAGCUGCGGAGUGAGUUGGCCAGGAUUGAUAGACAGGAGCAGCAGCAGCUGAAGGCGAUCCAAGAGACGCAAAGCCGGGAGCUGAAGUUGAUCCAAGAGAGGCAACAGAUGAUGAUGGUGAUGGGACCUCCGAGAAUACAAGGCUAA